GAGAGAUACCACACGCCAUCGAGUCAGUGCAAAAGUCAAGCUUUACUCUUUGGAGUUUGAGGAGACAAUGAUCUUUGAGAAAUGAAAAUUCAUCAAAACUCAGUUGAAAUUUCCAUUCCUAUUGCUACACACACUCCUUCUUGUAUAAUGGAGCUUUUGCAUCCUUCACAUCUUCCUCACCAUGAUGCACCUACCCUUCAUACUUCAUAGCUUCUAACUUUGCACAAGCUGGCUAGUAGUACUUGUCAACCACAGGACCCCAUGGAAGAGUAUGAUGAGAAAGUGCACGUAGCAGUUGGGAAGUCGGUGAAAAAAGCCAUGGCUUUGCUUCAAUGGAGUUUCACUCAGUUUAGGAACAAACAGAUUCACUUACUUCAUGUUUACCAACCUUCUACUAUGAUCCCCACACUAUUAGGAAAAUUGCCAGCAUCCAAAGCUAGUCCUGAAGUAGUAUCUGCUUUUAGAAUAGAGGAAAGAGAACAGACCAAGAGGCUUUUGGAGAAGUACUUGAGCAUUUGCCGUUCGGCCAAGGUUAAAGCAAGCAGUGUCAUAGGUGAAGCUGAUGAAAUCCAGAAAGGAAUUGUUGCUUUGGUUAUUAAGCAUAAUAGCAGGAAGCUCGUUAUUGGAGCAAUACCAGAAAAUUGCAUGAAAGUCAAUAUGAAUUCCAGUACAGCAAAUUAUGUUGCCAAAAAUGCACCCCCUUUCUGUGAAAUAUGGUUUAUCUAUAAAGGUAAACACAUUUGGACAAGAGAAGCUUCUGAAACUCCUCCUUCUUUGUCUUCAUGUGCUCAACCUGAGACCACAACUGCAGAAAGCUUGAGUUGUAGAUCUUUUCAAUAUGGUAUGAAUGAUUUAUUCCAUUCAGAAUGUCUUCAAUCAGAUUCUACAAGUACAAGGACUACGGUGUGUACUGGAAUUGAAUUUUGGGUUCAGAGUGAAAUCAUUGAAACAGAAGCCACUUUUUCAUCCAAAUCAUCCAGUUGUGGCAGUCAUUGCUCUCCCCAAAAUUCUGCUGGGAGGUAUUUAAGUACUCAUUCAGAGGUUGAGGAAGAAACAGUUAAUAGUCAACUCGUUGGAGCCAAAAGAGAAGCUGAUGAAGAAACAGACGAGGCUUUUACAGAGCUGUUGAAGUGCAAAAGGUUGGAAGUGAAAGCCAUUGAGGCCAUAAAUAAAGUCAAAUUGCUUGAAUCUGCCCAUUUACAUGAAGUAAAGCUCAGAAAAGAGGUUGAGAAUGUACUGAGAGCUACAGUACAGGAGCAACAAAAGUUCUUGGAUGAGAAAGAAAGAAUUGCUAUUGAGCUGCAAAGGACCAUGAGAAGUAUUGCCCUGCUAGACAGUUGUGCACAGGAAACAAACCAUAGGCGAAAUGAAGCUGCAGAUGAACUAUCACUAAUUCAAGCAUCCAUCUCAACCCUGUGGCAUGAAAAACAACAGAUCAGGCGACAGAGAAUGGAAGCCCUACGCUGCCUUGAGCGGUGGAAAAGUCGUGGACAAGUUGGAGCUGCUCACUGCAAUGGGGUCAUUGGAUUUGCUGAAGGAUUACCUCAGCUAGCAGAAUUUACAUUAUCAGAUCUUCAAAAUGCCACAUGCAAUUUUUCUGAGAGCUUUAAAUUUAGGGAGGGUGGAUAUGGCUCUAUUUAUAAGGGGGAAAUGUUGGGUAGAACUGUUGCUGUAAGGAAGCUUCAUCCACAUAAUAUGCAAGGACCAGCAGGGUUUCAUCAAGAGGUUCAGGUUCUUGGUAGUAUACAGCACCCUCAUCUGUUGACUUUGCUUGGUGUUUGCUCUGAAGCCUGGUCAUUUGUAUAUGAGUACUUGCCCAAUGGAAGUGUUCAUGACUACAUAUUUCGAAAAAGCAGUGUUUCCCCUUUGACAUGGAAAACCCGAGCACGAUGGAUUGCUGAAAUUGCUACAGCUCUCGGCUUCUUACAUUCUUCCAAACCUGAAACUAUCAUCCAUGGUGAUCUGAAGCUCGAAACUGUCCUUCUUGAUUCUGCACUUAGUUGCAAGAUAUGUGAAUUUGGGUUCAGUAGGCUGGUGAAAGAGGAGUCACUCUAUCUUCCUAGUUUCCGAUUCAGUAGCACUGAGCCAAAUGGUUCCUUUACACACACAGAUCCAGAGUUUCAGAGAACAGGAGUACUAACACCUAAGUCUGACAUAUACUCCUUUGGUUUCAUCAUUUUGCAACUCCUCACUGGUAGAGCUUCGGUUGGAUUAGCUGGUGAAGUACGCAAAGCAGUUUUUUGUGGAAAUUUGUUUUCCAUUUUAGAUUCUUCAGCUGGAGAAUGGCAUCCUGUUGUGGCAAAACGGUUGGUUGAAUUGGGAUUGCAGUGCUGUCGUCCAAAUAGUAGAGACAGACCAGAGUUAACACCUACUCUAGUGAGGGAAUUGAAGCAGUUGCAUGUUUCAGAAGAGAGACCCGUGCCAUCUUUUUUCUUGUGUCCAAUCCUUCAGGAAAUAAUGUAUGAUCCUCAAGUUGCAGCAGAUGGAUUUACUUAUGAAGGGGAGGCCAUAUGUGAAUGGUUGCAAAAUAGGCACCAAACUUCUCCCAUGACUAAUUUAAAAUUGAGUCACCUGCAUCUUACUCCGAAUCAUACACUUCGACUUGCUAUCCAAGGCUGGCUUUGCAAAUCUUGAAGUAGUUUCAUUAAUUUAUGUAUGUUGUAAAUAUCUGCAUAUCUAUUUUUCCAUAACUGCAUUGCCUUCCUUUAAUGUUUUCUAGCUCAAAUCAUUGUUAAGCAUUUAAUGAUAUAAGGUUAAUUGGUUUGCUAUAGUUUAUGCUUUCCUGAAUCAGUCAGAUACGUUCAGAAUGACUUCUUGUACAUUCAGAAUUGCAUUUGGAUAGCUUAUAGAAUUUUGUACGGAUGCGUUUUGAUACUUUGAAUUUUGUUAUACAUGAAUUGCUGAAAUAGUGAAAUCUUAAUAAAAU